GGGGCGGAGUUCUCAACAGGCGCGGUGCGUACUUCCGGCUGCCGGGUUGACAUGAAGAAGCAGCGGCGGCUGGGGCGGCGGUAGCGGCGAGAAUCGAGGCUUGCGGUGGGAUUGAAGGCUAAGAUCGCGACGCGGCCCGAAGCGGCACACGGCGCAGUGGGCCGAGGAGGAGACGCAGCAGUCGCCCUGGCCCGUCAUGGAGAUGGAAAAGGAGUUUGAGGAGAUCGACAAGGCUGGUAACUGGGCGGCCAUUUACCAGGAUAUCCGGCAUGAAGCCAGUGACUUCCCGUGUAAAGUGGCCAAGCUUCCUAAAAACAAAAACCGAAACAGGUACAGAGAUGUCAGUCCCUUUGACCAUAGCCGGAUCAAACUGCAUCAAGAAGAUAAUGACUACAUCAACGCUAGCUUGAUAAAAAUGGAAGAAGCCCAAAGGAGUUACAUUCUUACCCAGGGCCCUUUGCCGAACACGUGUGGUCACUUUUGGGAGAUGGUGUGGGAGCAGAAAAGCAGGGGCGUUGUCAUGCUCAACAGAGUGAUGGAAAAGGGAUCGUUAAAAUGUGCACAGUACUGGCCACAGAAGGAAGAGAAGGAAAUGAUCUUCGAAGACACAAAUUUGAAGUUAACGUUGAUCUCUGAAGACAUUAAGUCAUAUUACACAGUACGACAACUAGAAUUGGAAAACAUUGCAUCUCAGGAAGCUCGGGAGAUUUCACAUUUCCACUACACCACGUGGCCUGACUUUGGAGUCCCUGAAUCACCAGCCUCGUUCCUGAACUUCCUUUUCAAAGUCCGCGAGUCAGGCUCUCUCGGCCUGGAGCACGGCCCCAUCGUAGUGCACUGCAGUGCGGGCAUCGGCCGGUCAGGCACCUUCUGCCUAGCUGACACCUGCCUCUUGCUGAUGGACAAAAGGAAAGACCCCUCUUCUGUUGAUAUUAAGAAAGUUCUGUUAGAAAUGAGGAAAUUCCGCAUGGGGCUGAUCCAGACGGCAGAUCAGCUGCGCUUCUCCUACCUAGCUGUGAUCGAAGGGGCCAAGUUCAUCAUGGGGGACUCUUCAGUUCAGGAGCAGUGGAAGGAGCUCUCCCAUGAGGACCUGGAACCCCCACCUGAGCGUGUCCCUCCACCACCACGGCCACCCAAACGGGUCCUGGAGCCACACAACGGGCAAUGCAAGGAAUUCUUCCCCAACCACCAGUGGGUGAAGGAGGAGUCAGAGGCGGGGCAAGGAGAAGGCCCCAUCGAGGCAGAAACCAGAACCCCCGUAACUGUCUCCCACGGCACGGAAAGCUCAAGUCAAGACACUGAAAUUAGAAGGCGGAUCCUGGGGGAAGGUCAGCGUGGUGUCCCCGUCACCGUCCCCCCCAAGGGGGAGCCCUCACUGCCCGAGGAGGAGGGGGAGCAGGCCCUGACUCACUGGAAGCCCCUGCUGGUCAGCGUGUGCAUGGUGACGGUGCUCACGGCUGGAGCGUACCUCUGCUACAGGUUUCUGUUCGACAGCAACACAUAAUCUGAACCCCUUCCA